AUGGUGCAAAAUAUAGCUGUUGAAAAAGAAACAACUCAGUCCAGUACAUGGAGUGACUGUGUAUCUUCUAGAGCUGUUGAUGGAUAUAUUUACAGCAGCAGCACACUUGAGAAAUGUUCUAGUACAAACUUUGACUACGAACCCUGGUGGAGAGUAGAUUUACGGAAUACAUUUGUAAUAUCAUCAAUUGCCAUAACAAACAGAUGGGACUGCUGCACUUACUCAAAAAAUAAUUUUGAAAUUUAUGUUGGAAACUCACUAAUUAAUAAUGGAACUGGAAAUUCCAGGUGUGGAAUAAUUUCUUUUCUGUCAAUAGGACAAACAAUUUGGUUGAAUUGUGCUGGGCUGACUGGACGUUAUGUGACAGUUGUUAUAAAGGGAUGCUCGGAUUAUCUGACACUAUGUGAAGUUCAGGUAAUGGGAGCUCCAGUUCCUUUAGUGGAAAAUCUUGCCUUAAAUGGAAUUGCUUUACAGUCUAGUACCUGGCCUGGAGGGUCACCACAGAGAGCCAUUGAUGGAAACAUUGACAGCAAUUUCUUUCAUGGAAGCUGUUCAAGCACAGAUUAUGACUUUGGGCCUUGGUGGAUGGUUGAUUUACAGAGCACGUUUGAAAUACAUUCUGUAGAAAUAACUAACAGACGUGAAUGUUGCAGAGAACGAAUAAGAGGUGCUGAAGUACAUGUAGGAGACCUACAUCAGAAAAAUGGGACUGAAAAUCCAAGAUGUUUCAAUAAUUCCUUCAUGGAUUUUGGAGACGUAUGGCUUUUCAACUGCAGUGGGCUGAUGGGUAGAUAUGUAACAGUUAGCAUCCCAGGCACUUUUCAAAUCCUAACUCUUUGUGAAGUUAAGGUUUAUGGUAUUCCAGUAGUGCUUGGAGUACAAAAUGUAGCACCUGAUGGAAUUCCAACACAAUCUAGUACUUUCUAUACUGAAGUAGAAUGGCAUGCUAAUGACAGAAAUUUCAACAGUUUUUUUGAAGGUCAUUCAUGCUCUCAUACUCAAGGUGAUUUUGGCCCCUGGUGGACAGUAGAUAUGCGAAACAACUUCAUAGUUUCCUCAGUCUCCAUAACAAACAGAGAUGCUGUCUCAGAAAGAAUAAAUGGAUCAGAAAUAUAUGUUGGCAACUCCUUACAAAACCAUGGCCUCACUAAUCCAAGAUGUGGAUCGAUUCCUAGUCUAAAUGCUGGGAAGACAAUGUGGUUGAACUGCAGUGAAUUAUUGGGUCGUUAUGUGACUGUUGCUAUUCCUACCCGGAAUGAAUUCCUGACACUCUGCGAAGUUCAAGUUAUUGCAGUGAAAAAUCCACCAAUGGUCCUGCAGUUUCAGCCUGAUCAUUAUCCAACAUUCUUUUGA